AUGACGCAGCAAAUCCGGUUUCUUGUUCUGUCCGACACACAUGACAAUGCCUUCCCGGACCCAGCAUCUCUUCCUGCUGUCGACGUAGUUCUUCACUGCGGUGAUCUAACCAUGAUUGGCGGCAUGUCCAACUACCGCCGUGCUCUCGAAUCCCUGGCAGCGUGUCCGGCAGAGGUCAAACUCGUAAUCCCAGGCAACCACGAUGUCUCCCUUGACGCCAAGUGGUGGGAGGAAAAUCUCGACAGCGAUGACGAACAAGACGAGCCAGUACGCGCCCGUGCGCUGUGUACAUCAGACGACUACACUCGCCGCGGAGUACGCUUCCUCGAUGAAGGCCAUCACAAGGUAGCCCUCAAAAACGGGCGCGCGUUUACAGUCUACGCGUCGCAGUAUACCCCAGGCUUUGGUGGCUAUGCCUUUGGAUACAACCCAGACGAGGAUCGCUUCAAUGGGGAGAAGAGAAUCCCAGAAGAUGUCGAUAUUGUCAUGACACACGGCCCGCCUCGACCUCCGGGCUCAACAUCUCAAGAGGGUGCAUCUGGACCAGCCUACCGGCUCGACCUCGGCGGAGGAAGUGGCAAUAGUGAUGGCAAAAAGCAGCAUCUCGGAUGCCCACGACUCUGGGAGGCAAUCGCGAGGGUCCGGCCAAAGAUGCACUGCUUUGGACACAUACACGAAGGAUAUGGGGCCCAAAGAGCGACGUUCCAAACCAACACAACAAGGGUGGCGGUCACCGAUGUGGACGCCGCGGAGCGAGAGGGUGUACCAUAUGUCCGCGCGGCGGUUGGAGACAGAACAACCCUGUUGGUAAAUGCGGCUAUCAUGACGCAUGGAGAGGAGGAAAACAAUAAGCCUUGCGUAGAGCUGUCGUUCGCGGUUUCCUUGAGGGUGCAGCAAAAGACAACCAUCAUUUCUGUAUGA